AUGGCGCGAAAACCGUACGAUAUGCUAUUCAAAUUGCUUCUCAUAGGAGAUUCUGGUGUAGGAAAAACGUGCAUUUUGUAUCGUUUCUCAGAUGACGCAUUCAACACCACGUUCAUAUCCACGAUUGGAAUUGAUUUCAAAAUCAAAACGAUCGAACUUAAAGGAAAGAAAAUCAAGCUCCAAAUUUGGGAUACUGCUGGUCAGGAAAGAUUCCACACUAUCACAACCUCUUAUUAUCGCGGCGCAAUGGGAAUUAUGUUAGUUUAUGACAUUACAAAUGCGAAAAGUUUUGAUAAUAUCGCGAAAUGGCUGAGGAAUAUCGAUGAGCAUGCCUCAGAGGAUGUUGUUAAAAUGCUUCUUGGUAACAAAUGUGAUAUUACUGAAAGAAGAGCAGUAAGCCGUGAGAUGGGCGAGAAGAUCGCUGCUGAUCAUAACAUCAAAUUCCACGAGACGUCGGCGAAAAUGAACGUUCAUAUCGACACGGCGUUUUAUGAUUUGGCGGAGGCUAUAUUGGCAAAAAUGCCGGAAUCCGUCGACGAGCCGAGAUCGGAGACAGUGGUUCCAGGUCAGGGACAACGAUCGGCGGCAAACGGCGGCUGCUGUUGA